ACUGAUUCGUUUGCAGAGUAAUGUCCUGAAAUAGGUCAGCCUGGCUCAAUAGGCAGCCGUUAAUAAAUGGGACUGUCAACAGCCAUGGAGUAGAAAUCAGACCGUCACUGACUGUUACAUGAGGUGUCAUAUAACAGGUGUCGUGUCACUGUCAAAGCAAUCGCAGUUCUCACUCAUUCUUAUCUUGUGUGUUUUGUAGUCAGAGAGUGUCACUGAUUCAAUGGUAGUGGAAACACUGACAUUUGCAGUUUACAAUCUCCUCCCUGCAUAUUUUCAGAGGCAAUGGGGGAUUCAGAAUUAUUUUGAAAGUCAUUGCCUUAAUUUCCUGUAAUUCAAUAGCAGUGGGUAAAAAUAUUUGUGGGGGGAACAGAGCAGCAGAAACAUUAGAAGCAGAGCUGCGGCAGGAAGUAGAGUCUUUAGUCAGUGGCCUGAGGCAGAUGUAAAAGUUUUCCACAGGUUCAGAUACAACGUAAAGAGCUACCAAGCAGGGGAAACCAACCUUUUUAAUUUUUAGUGUAAUUUUGUUUUCUGUAUAGGGUUUAAGCUCCUUAAAGGGGUUACCCUUUGGGAAUGCUCUAGUUUCAAAGGUCAUAUGUUUGGGUCAUGUCUCCAAACAGAACCACUGACCUCCUCUGACUAAAAGCUGAGAUCAGCCUGGAGAGGAAUGUAGGUUGUCACCAGAGCUAUUUUGGCAAUGUACAGCCGCUAAUGAUUGUGAUCACAGAGCAGAGCACGGAGCAGUUGCUUUGCUUUCCUUUUUUCCAACCAGCAAGUUUGAUCAUGCAGCUCUCACUGGCGCUGCAGGGAUUAGAGAGUUAAGCGAAUGGCACGUCGGCUCCGCUUGCAGUUUGCGUCAAGGAGAAGCAACACGGACCCUCUGUCAGAAAGCCUCAGCAGCCAUGGUGAGGAGAGUGGAGACAGCGUGUCAGCUCGUAGCCCAGCAGAGAGUCUGGCGCACAGUUCUGUCCACUUGAAGGUGACUCCUCUGUCACCAGACUGUGCUAAUCUACAGCAAUACUCUUCAGUUUUCAUACCCAGGGUUAACAUUGGAGGAUGCAAUAAGAAGAGCAUUCUGCAGAUCUCCCUGCAGCCCUGUGGUAAGUUCAGUGGAGAGCUGGACAGCAGUAUAGAGGAUGGAGACCAGGGAGUUGGUGAAGGAGGACCAGGUAUGGGCUCUGAUGGAGCUUCAAGCAGCAGCAGCAUGGCCAGCGAUGCUGGGUACUGUAGCAGCAACAGUAUCUUUGAGCCAGAGGCUCCAGAAAAGCACAGGACCACCCAGGAGAGGAGUCUACCCUGCUGUAAGUCCAAGGUCCCACUGAGACGCUGCUCCUCCUUGGUUAUAUUUCCAAAGAGCCCCUGCAGUACUCCACCUGCCUCCCCAGUAAGUCCCGUGGCUCUACCUGCUCUCCCGCCAGUGAGGUCUCACCAGUCAUCUCUUCAGACAUCUACCUGUGAAUUCUCACAAGAUGAGGGGGAAGUGUCUUGCAAAGGGUCCACCACCACGGCAAUGAUUGGCCAUCGUCUCCCAAAAGGAAGCUGUUCAGGUGACUUCAGGGACAACAAACACAUGGUGCAAUUUAAUAUUCCUUUACAGGAUGAACCAAAAUGCAAAAUGGAGGACAGGAGUAAAGUAAUGGAACUGUCAUCAACUCUAGACAGAUCGAAUCGUCACUCGAGCAGCUUACUUCUACACUUCGCCCAGCAGCAACCAAUGAUACCCUGCAAGGGAGCUACAACCACAGCUACAGUUAAUGUGGAAUAUCCUGAGGCUCCUAACCCAGCCAUACACCCUGUGGGUGAAUGUGAACCUCACAAAAAACUGUUUCGAAGUACCUCUGCUUGUUUGUUCACCUCAACUAAACCAUCAGAGAAAAACUAUAAGAUCUGUUCAUAUGGAAAAAGCCAGGAAAGGGCAAAGGAAAACCACUGUCUACGCGCCAUACAAAGGAGCUUUUCCCUGGAGGUGCCUUACGCUAGCACUGGAAUUUCAUGUCACGUUUUGAAUCCAAAACUCAGUAGCCCCUGCUCUCCACAUGUGCACAUUCAUUUAUCUCCUUGUUGUCCAACUAAGUUGCCAAGCUCUGUAACUGACGUAAACAAAAACCAGAACGUGAAUAAUAUGCCAGAGAGCCCAGGUAAAAAAUCAAAGACACGUGAUGACUUUCUGGGACAGGUGGACGUCCCCUUAAAUCAGAUACCGACAGAAAAUCCUAAUACAGAAAGGCCAUACACAUUCAAGGAUUUUCUGCUUCACCCACGGAGCCACAAGUCCAGAGUCAAAGGUCAUCUACGUCUCAAAAUGACCUACCUGCCAAAAAACUCUGGUUCAGAAGAGGAAACAGCAGAUCAGUCCGAGGACAUGGAUCCUGGUUGGGAGCUGCUGGAGGCACAGGACAUGUCAGGGCCCAGACAAAGCCAGCUGCUGCCUGCUCUGCCCCCUGGCUGGGAGGAGCGGCAAGACAAUCUGGGAAGAAUCUACUUUGUCAACCAUGAGAGUAGAACCACACAGUGGCACCGACCCACAUUGCAGGACAGUGAUUUGGAGAUGAGCAGAAGACACAACACUAAUGCAGACGUCGAGCAUGCGUUAAAUACUCGCAGACAGAUCUCAGACCAUGAUGAAAAUGCCACACGAGAGUCUCCUGAGAGCUGGGAGAUCAUUACAGAGGACGAGUCCACCUUGUACCACAGCAACAACCAGCUCGCGUCACCUCCACCCCAGAUGCCUGCGGAGUUCCUCUCGAUUUCUGGCGAGCUGAGAAAUAUGCAGGUUUCAGGGGCCACAGCUGGCGAGCAGCGCACCUCCCACACGGAUCACGCAAGUAUUUCAAGCCAUUCCAGUCUCAGAGGAAGUUCCCACACUUCAACUGGAGAGGAACAUCCUGUUAAUCCUCUGCUAAUUCCAACCUCUGCUGAGCUGCCUCCAGGCUGGGAGGAGAAGCGGGACAGUAAAGGAAGACGCUACUAUAUCAACCACAACAGUCGAGCCACAACAUGGACACGACCCCUCAUUCAGAAAACCUCAGAGGCGGCAGCAGCACCACCGAGUGGUUCAGGUUCAUCCCAAAGCCCCACACCGUCCCAAUCGACCAUAUCCCCCGAGGUGUCCCCACAGCACACCCCAAGCCCAGAGGCCACAUCAGGAUUCUUGCCGGCUGGUUGGGAAGUUCGUAGUGCUCCCAAUGGAAGACCCUUUUUCAUUGACCACAACACAAAGACGACUAGCUGGGAAGAUCCCAGGCUGAAGAUUCCUGUGAACAUGAGGAAACGACCCUCGCUCGACCCUGCUGAUCUCGGCCCUUUGCCGCCUGGUUGGGAGGAGAGAGUCCACUCUGAUGGGAGGAUAUUCUACAUAGAUCACAACACCAGGGCCACACAAUGGGAUGACCCCAGAUUACAGAACUCGGCUAUAACUGGACCAGCUGUGCCUUAUUCCAGAGAUUAUAAACAGAAGUACGACUACUUCCGGAAGAAGAUGAAGAAACCGGCUGACAUCCCAAAUCGCUUUGAGAUGAAGCUGAGACGAAACGCCGUGCUGGAGGACUCAUACCGACGCAUCCUCUCAGUUAAGAGGGCAGACCUGCUGAAGGCUCGACUGUGGGUCGAGUUUGAGGGAGAAAAAGGACUGGACUAUGGAGGCGUGGCCAGGGAGUGGUUCUUCCUCAUGUCCAAGGAGAUGUUCAACCCGUACUACGGACUGUUUGAGUAUUCUGCCACGGACAACUAUACGCUGCAGAUUAACCCCAACUCAGGUUUAUGUAACGAGGACCACCUGUCCUACUUCAAAUUCAUCGGCCGUGUGGCAGGCAUGGCUGUUUAUCAUGGAAAACUGCUGGAUGCUUUUUUCAUCCGGCCUUUCUACAAGAUGAUGCUGCAGAAGCCAAUCACCCUCCAGGACAUGGAGUCAGUUGACAGUGAAUAUUUCAACUCCUUGAUGUGGAUUUUGGAGAAUGACCCAACAGACUUGGAUUUGAGGUUCACCAUUGAUGAAGAGCUGUUUGGACAGACUCACCAACAUGAACUGAAGUUGGGUGGCGCUGAGAUUGUCAUCACUAAUGAAAACAAAAAGGAAUACAUUCAUCUUGUGAUGCAGUGGAGGUUUGUGAACCGGAUACAGAAGCAGAUGACUGCAUUCAAAGAGGGAUUCUUUGAGCUGGUACCACAAGAUCUGAUCAAGAUCUUUGAUGAGAAUGAGCUCGAGUUGCUCAUGUGUGGUCUCGGAGAUGUGGAUGUGAACGACUGGAGAGAGAAUACCAAGUACAAGAACAGCUAUUGCUCCAACCACGUAGUUAUCCAGUGGUUUUGGAAAACGGUGCUGCUGAUGGAUGCAGAAAAGCGUAUCAGGCUCUUACAGUUUGUGACAGGAACGUCCAGGGUCCCAAUGAAUGGCUUUGCUGAACUCUACGGGUCUAACGGACCACAGCUGUUCACAAUUGAGCAGUGGGGAACACGUGAUAAACUCCCUCGAGCCCACACAUGCUUCAACCGGCUGGACCUUCCUCCUUAUGAGUCCUUUGAGGAACUGAGGGAGAAACUUCACAUUGCCAUCGAGAAUGCACAAGGCUUUGAUGGGGUGGAUUAAUGCGAGUGUAGUAAAUGAGCUGAAGUGACAUUUGGUGCCAUCAGAGAAUAUGCCAAGCAGCAUGACGCGGUGAUGUUGAUUAGAGAAACAAGCUGUGCAUCAGACUCGGGUCUUAACCUACCGGCUGUGUGACGGAUGAAGGACAGUCACACAACCCUCACUUUGGUCCUCUGUUUGGUCACGUGCUGAAAAGACUUUAGAUCUGGAGAGACCGAGGAAUUUAAUCACUCAGCGCCUUGUAAUGUUUACAAAUUAGAAUUUUAUUAUCAUUAUUAUUUUUUUAAUUGUAAGUUGCUCAAAAGUGUAUUCACUUCUAUUUGUUCUGCAAAAUUAUUCAAUAUUUAAAGAACCUGCUUCCGCGAAUGAAAUGUAACAGAGAUUAAUGUGAAUGUAAAGCUUAAAAACAUCUUACUUUGAAAAACAUUUUAUGUUCAGCUACUCACAUCAGGUAACUGUGAGACUUAAUGUAGUUACAUUGCUUCUCUUGGAAAACCAUUAACGUGUCCCACUCACAACAUGACUACGAACAUGUCGGGGUGUAAAUUGGACCAUGGGUUAGAAAAGUCAAGAACACUCUGUUGAAGUUGCCAAGUUAAGGUUGAUUUAAGAGAGAAUAGUGUAACUACUUCAUGUAUGAAUUAGACUCACAGACCAUGUCUCCUAAAUUACACUGAAUUGAACAGUCCAAAAUCCCUUUAAACAUGAAAUUGGCUCGGCUGUAAGAAAAUGUCACACAGACGAUUCAAAAUCAAAAUAUCAAGGCAACAACGAUGUUAUCCCAGACGUAUAUAAAGAUUUAAACAAGAAAACAUAAAUAUGAAUUGGUAUUUAAACUUAAAUAAAACAAGAAUUCAAUCAAAUUUUAUACGUAAUGAUCAAUUUUUCAUUCCAGUAUAUUAGAAACACUGAUGCAGGACACAAAAAUGUGAGCACCUCAUAAGCAUUUGUAGCACAAAGAGUGCAGAUUAAGUCUGAGUGAUUAUGCUUAUACAAAGUGUAUUGAUAUAUCAGCUAAGCUCUAUAGUAGUGAUGUACUUAUACCAGGACCAGUAAAAGGCUAAACUAAAUAUACUGUAGUUCGUAUCUGUGUAGUCCACAGAUAAGAAGAAGUGACUACAUGCAGUGUUAGACUGUGCUGAAAUACUAUGCAUAAUUGUACAUACUGACAUAACGAUUGAAUAUCACUUGAUUUUUUUGUUACUUAGAUAAAUAUAUUGUACAUACAAAUAUAACUUUGCCUUAUAGAAAACUGUCAAAGCAUUUGUUGUUAAUACUGUUGAAGUAAAAAAAACAAAGGUUAUUGGUGCACCUCUACAUAAUGCAUCUUCAGGAUAAGUAAUGCUUAUAUUUACUGGGCAGUGGCUUACAGAAAUCUUCUCCGACAGACUGUAUGUUAAACACGUUUUGUCUUCUUUUGUCAGUGAGCGAUAUAGUUUUGUUUUCUUCUACUUGUCAUGGGUGUCUAACUGCAGCACAGUGCUCUGUUUUCAAGAGUACAACUUUAAAAUUUGUUUUGUUGGUUGUCAAAAUGUGUACAGAUUAUUUUCAAAAUGUGUAAUCACUUGUAAUACCUUUGUAAGAAAGUAACUGUUCAUAAUCAGUCAUUUUAACAUAUUCUGAGUGGUAAAACACGUGUUUACACUGCCUGCCAUGUUUACGGGUUGUUGAUAAAGGAAGGUAGCAUGGGCUGGUUCUUGUCUCUGACUACACAGUUUUAUACUUAUGCUUUUAUAAAGUGAAGCACUUUGUUAAUUUCAUGAGUCUUACUUCUAAACUGUCUGAAUCUUAGCCAAUCGGUCACCUGCAGACUGCUUAAGCCACUCUUUAAAAACACAAUCCUAUGCUUCAAGUGCACAUUUGUUUAAAUGUUUACAUGUGAACAUUGCUAAAAAUAAUCACAUUCUACUCUUUCACUGAUUUAAAGUCAAAUACCGAGGCCUUCGUUUGUUAUAUACUGUAGACUUUGAUUGUGUUUAUUGAUGUUGUAAUCUCUAAACUGAAGUACUGUUAUAUAUGUAUUGUUCUCUACUGAAUAUUAAAUAGAUCAACACUUUAUUUCUGAUAAAUCAAAUUUUGUUAUGAUAGAAAUUAAUUACAACACCUAUAAGUGCAUUACAACGACAUACAUGCAACAUAUUUACAACAACUGGUGAAAGGGUCAAAGCUGUCAAAUCCCAAGUUGAUGACCUAUAGCACACAAAAAUGAAUCUAAAUAUAAUUGAUGAAUAAACAAUUAAAAACAA